UCGUGUUUUGUUACGUACUGCGGACACAAUCGUAUCGACAUUUGUCAUUCUACGGUGAAUCGUGGGUGAGGGAUAUUGUCGAGAGAGUGAGAAUUUUGACAGAUAAUGAUAAUAACGAGAAGCUGAAGCGAUCACGUCGCCUCGAUGAGAGCGGAGGAAUGAAAAUACACGCUAAAGAUAUCCUAACUGCAACAAGAGCGACAGUACCAAGGACGGUAGUGAGAACUAAAAGUUACAGAAAUAUAGUGGGUCAGUGGUUUCUGGGGCCCUGCGGUGCCAACGAGUACCACAACGAGAGCAUUGUCGAGGAAGACGAGACAAUCGAUAUGGUUGAAGCUGGACCGUCGCACGAACUCGACGAAUCUCCAGCAAGACUCGGUCGUUCAGAAAACCACGAAAUAAAUGGUGGAAAUUGGCGUGCAGAGGAGGACGACGAUUUCAGCGAUAAAGAGGAUGAUGAGGAAGUUGAAGAGGCUGAUUUGAGACCCGCUGCUCCAAUUCCAGAUAAUCCUAUUGUCUACAAUUCAAUUUUAGACCCGCCAGAAAUCAAGGUAACAGUCGACGAGAGCCUUCACCAAAUGGCGCAAGAAUACCGCGAAAACUUCGAUGGUUUCGCCCAAAUAAAUCGUUUCGAAUCAAUCGAGGAGAUGCACGACUUCAUAAAAAAUACUCUAAACUCUUCACCACCCCCUUCAGCCACUCCUUCCAACAAGCAAGAGCGUUACCUCGACCUUUUGCUCAACGAAAGACCUGAAGAUCGCUUUCGUCGUCUAUACGAGACAGCUCGGGUGACAGUUCGCCGAGUUUUGGCUCAAAACGAGGAUAUCCUGAGCGAUCUCUUUGUCUCCGCGAGUCUGGAGAACUUCCCGAGUCCUCUAGCCCCCAUCGACGAGCACGAGGCGCCCAUCGACGAAAAUGUGGAUGAAGACACUUCAUUCGAGAACCCGAGGGACUUGGAAGUCGAGGAGAAUAUGAAGAGGUGGUACAUGAUCGAGAUGAUUGGCUUGUGGCUGAGGAUGAUAACAGAUGUCAAGAGUUAUCGUGAAGCUAUCAAGAAGAAAGUAUUGAUGAAGAGCUGGGGAAUUGAGAAUGAUCGAUACGAAGGCAUUGCUGUGCCCUUGAGGUACAAAUAAAUCAGGCAGUGAUCCAAGA